GCGGGAGGGGUAGAGCCGCGCGCCGAGCCGGGGUGCGGGGCAGCGUCCCCAGACGGGAGCCGAGGACAAGGACAAGAGGAGCGCGCCCAGAUCGCGCUCCGAGCCGACGAGGGGCUCGCGCCGACCCCGGCGCGCGCUUGGGGAGCAGCCCGGGGCGCCGUGGGAGCCGGCGGCAGCGAGGAUGCCGGCGCGGGGCCGCGGCGGCCGGCCGGGGGUGUGAGUGUGAGGCUGAGCGCUGCCCGCCGGCGCCUCCCCCCGCGCCACCUCCUCCCUGCGGGCCUCGGAGGAAGCCCCCGGCGCGCGAGGAGGCGCCUCGGAACCCGGGCUUCGGGGCGGCGGGCCCGCGCGGCCGGCCCCGGCCCAGCCAGAGGGAGAAGAUGCCUUUUCACCAUGUGACCGCUGGCCUGUUGUACAAGGGGAAUUACCUCAACCGAUCUCUCUCUGCUGGCAGCGACAGCGAGCAGCUGGCUAACAUCUCCGUGGAGGAGUUGGACGAGAUCCGAGAGGCCUUCCGGGUUCUGGACCGAGACGGGAAUGGGUUCAUCUCCAAGCAGGAGCUGGGCAUGGCCAUGCGCUCUUUGGGAUACAUGCCAAGUGAGGUGGAGCUGGCCAUCAUCAUGCAGCGCCUGGAUAUGGACGGGGAUGGCCAGGUGGAUUUUGAUGAAUUCAUGACCAUUCUUGGCCCCAAACUGGUGUCUUCAGAAGGUCGCGAUGGUUUUCUUGGAAACACAAUAGACAGCAUAUUCUGGCAGUUCGACAUGCAGAGGAUAACUCUGGAAGAGUUGAAGCACAUCCUCUAUCAUGCUUUCCGGGACCACUUAACGAUGAAGGACAUUGAGAACAUCAUCAUCAACGAGGAGGAGAGCCUGAAUGAGACCUCGGGGAAUUGCCAGACAGAGUUUGAAGGCGUGCAUUCCCAGAAGCAGAACAGACAGACCUGUGUCCGGAAGAGCCUCAUCUGCGCCUUCGCCAUGGCCUUCAUCAUAAGCGUCAUGCUGAUUGCGGCCAACCAGAUCCUCCGGAGCGGCAUGGAGUAGCCGCCUCCCCAGCAGCUGCGCUCCCGGCUCCGCGCAUGUGCUUGCCCCGCGGGCAGACUCGUCCUCCACACAAGCGGAUGCAGACUGUGCAGACUCGGCACCGUCUGGCGCAGAACCCAAGGUUGCAGUGCAACCCCGUGUCGUGGCAAACCCACUCCAUCCCCUUGGCAGGUACACAAAAGGGCUGUCUUCAAUGCUUUAAUGGUCUUGUUUCCAAAUGCAAUAAAUAGCCAGGAGUUCCGGACGACCGCUUCAAACGCCGGUAGGACCUCGAAAAGAGAAACUUCACGUUCAUCUCGGAAUUCCCAUGGCCAUCCAGGUUGGCGGUGUGAGGGAGCAAGAGAGAGGCUGACCACGCAGUCACCACCGCGCCCCCUUCGUUCUCCCCGGGGGUCAACUGGAGACUCCCCCCACCUCCACCCCCACCCCAGGGCGACCCUCAAGUCCCAAGAGGCUGACUUCUGGGUUGCUGAAGAAGUGGACGUUCCCGUCCCACCCUGGCUUCCUUCCUCCACCCAGUGGAGCCCCCUCCCCGCCCAGACGUGAGGGGAAAGCCAUUGAAGGGGGUGCAGCGCCCGGCGGUCUGCAGGGUGCACCCCUCCGCUUCCGGUCUACUGCCUUUUCUACGGGACUCUUGUUGGCAGAGUUGGGGAGCUCUCGGUUUCCGUCGGCACUUGGCUUUCUGUUCCUAGAGCACACCGCGCACCAGCAUUUUGGAAUCUGCAGAGAGCCUUUCUCCCAGCUUUGCCGCCUGUGCUGCCAUUUAGACGACAGAGAAGCAUAGCCGUGGGCAUCUCUAUAACCUAGACACACAGACAGACGUAUCUAUCGGGCUUCUUCAGGUGUGACAUCCAUCCAUCCAUCGUCCCUCAUCGCUUUACUGCUGAAAGAAGCCUGUCCUCCAACACACAUCCCUGCCUCUUGGGGUGGGUCGUUUGGGGACGGGGAGGGGCCGCGGCUGGUGGUGGAGGUGUUUGUUUCAAGUCACGCCCCAGCAGUCCAGAGUGAUGGAGUCUGAACACAUCACCAUGUGUAAGAGACCUCUGUAAGUCAAGGUCCUUGUGCCGCUCACCUUUCUCUCGUCUUCAGAUUUGCUUUGUUAGUCUGUCUUUCCCAGAUAGAGAAACACCAUCCCAACGGGAAAGAUGGAAGGAUCCAACGAUUGUAUUUUAUGUAACAUGGUCCCGCAGUUGGAUUCUGCAGCUGACUCAUUUUCAUGAGAAAACGAUAAGAUGUUAAUAAGCUCAGCCGACUCCACAAGUAAAACAUUUCUGUUGGGGAAGGGAAGUGAAGCCAACCCCAUCUCAAGUCUCUGAUUUCCGGACUUUUCCUAGUUGCCAUAUCCACCACCGUCACUCACCCAAGCUCGAGUAGUCUGAUUAGCCAGUAAUCUUUCCUAGUAGUACUUCCCUUUGUACGUUUCCAAGCUCAGGUCUUGAUUUCUGUGGUGGGAUUGUCUUGCUCCUCUUUCUUUCCAUUGCAUCCUAGAGCUACAAGCUUUUCCUCCCUCCCUUUUCCCUUUUCAUUCAGUAUGGAGGUGCCAGACUCCUCUUUUGCUGCACCAAGUGGUUUUGGGGGUGCAGGUGUGUGUUUUGGAAUCCCUCCUCAAGCCUCCCGUCCCUUUCUGCCCUCUCCCUCCAGUCUUCUCAGACUUGGAGCACCCAAGCUGUCAGCUUGGGGUCUUCUUCCAAAUUACCCCUGCAAGCACUUUGGACAACAGCCCAGGAGAAGCUCUCAAAAUUUCCCCACUGCAAAUAUCCACAAUGAGCACAAGUAGAAAUAGGGUUUGAGCCAUAGCAUGGAGGGAGGAGCAGGAGUCAGCUCCCUGGAGCCUGGGAGGUUGUGAGUGAGUCCCUCUGUGAAAAAUGCCCGGGGUCCCCCACAUCCAGGCCAAGUAAGGCAGCGACCUGCCCAUCCCUCUUGCCCGCCCAGCCCUGCCAGGCACUGCAUGUCUGUCUGCCUCUCCUCUCCCCUCUUGUCUGACUCACCUCCAUCCCUCAGGACCAGACUUCAGAACAAGAAUAGGUGCAAAUGCAGAAUAUGAACGCAGAGGAUAAGUUCACUAUUAGUUUCCACCCUAAGCAGUUUGCUCCUUCUCUCUCUCUUUUAACUGGACUUAAGUAAAAGGGACUCCAUGAAUGACUCAGCCAUGUCCUCCUGGGGAAAGGGGUAUGAGAGACACCAGGUAGACUGGAUCAAGACCCCAGGGGUGAUUCUUAAAGGACCCUGCCCUAUGUGAGGGCAGUGCUGCAGGUGAUGCUGGACUUCAGGGCAAAAAAAAAAAAAGAAAGAGUACUUCUAUAAAGUACAAGUUCUUGUGCCUCCUCCUGGGGGGAAGGGACCUUGACGGAUAUGAGGGUUAAACCUUAGAGAAAUUAGCUGCUGUGUAAGCAAGGAAAUCUAGAAAGACACCGACAGCCUGUUUCCCAACAAGUCCUCAGCAUCCUCUCCCUAAAGAGGACCCUUUUGACCAGGAAUUAAGUUCAUCCUACCCAGGAGAAAAUCUAGGAGAAGGUGUCCUAGAGAGGAUGACUUCUAAGGAUGUUGCUAAGGAGAGAGGGCAAGAAAGACGCCAUACUCUUUGAUGGGCUUGAAGUUAACCUCCUACCGUGGUAACCUCACACACUGUGCCAGGACCUGAGUGUGUGGGAACAGCCCAGAGGCAGUGGCAACCUGCAGGCUCUGGGUGCUAAGAGCUUGCACCCUGGCAGCUUUGCCUGGAUGGUCUGUCAACGGUACUGGGUAUAAGAUGUUGGCUUCCCACUGUCCCACUCCAAGUCCUGUCCACACCCAUGCUACUUCAAGCCAGUCAACACCUUCCGCACUGUGGGAUUUCCUGGGUGUGUGGACAAAGACUCUAGGAGUCCCGGUCCUCCAGUGUGCCAUGUGGACCCUGGCUGGAGGGGACCUCUGCAGAAGCUGAGAGGGAGUAACUCAACUCUUACUCUGUCCUCCCAGUGAGUAGACUUAGGAAUCUCCUACGGGGUGGCUGAGUGACUGGCAAACCAAGCUCGGCUCAUUCUUGCCCUCUAUACCACCUCUUCCGACCACACGAGUGAUGAUUUGGGAGUCAUAUGCAUGAGAGACAAGGGGCGCAGACCCUGAUCCCCAGAGAAGCUGUCUCCCAUCACUCCCAGAGCCCCCAGACAGGACCCAGCCCGGGAACUAUUAACCGUGGCUUCUGGCAUAUGCGUGGGUCCCACAUGACCACCAAUCUGGUUAAAAAAAAAAAAAAAAAAAGGGUGUUGCCAUGGAAACCCUUGCAUUCCACCCUGAGUGUGCCAAGACACACAAAAAUAGGGAACAUUUCCUUAAAGAACAAACACUUGGGCUCAGCCUGCUUGCAUCCUGACUCCCCAAAUCCAUAGCCCGCUGGUGGGAUAAUUAGCCUGAAAGAAGCUCUGCCUUUGUCUCUUCUGUUUGGACCUGUCCUUCUAUUUGCUCAGGAGAACAGGAGCCAGGUGGUACCUUCCCCACCUCCCAGAGCCCAGAGCAAAGACCCCCUGAAUCUGGGCAAAAAGGCAGGAAUGCCAUCUGGAAAACAAAAAAUAUUUUAAGCCCAUCUUUAAAAGCAUCUGUUUGCCUGUUGAAAAGCUUUCCCACAAGCCAGAAACGUGAACUAAAGUGAACUGAGGUUUACAUGUGGUCCUCGGCCAGUCCAGUGGUUUCAGAAGUUUCUAGGUGUUUGAUUUGCCAAGAACAAGAUUUGUACAACAUGUCUUCUGUCUUGAAACCUGCUUCCUGUCUCAGUUUGCACCUGACGAAUGGUCUCCUGUCUGCUGUUAAGCCAAAAGAACCUAAUGAAAGAUCGCACGCUUAUUUUGAUAAUCAUGUCCCCAUCCCAACCUCCCAUCCACAGAAUCACAAAGUGAUGUAUUGAAGAGCUGGGAGAGAGAAAUUUAUCCUUUAUUCCAAACGCCUUCUCUCGGCUUAAGUCCAGACUCAGGUCAUAAAUCAAAGAGAGCUUUGCUCGUAACCAAUAGCUAGCAGCCUCCCUGGGAGAGUAUGAGGACAUGACCAGAAAGGUAGGGUGCGACCCCCAAGCUCCUCGGCACGGCUGGUGUGGCCGUGCGUGGCUGCACGCCUUGAAGCCCUGUUCUGCUGUGCUCUUGUGCUCUACCCCCAUGGAAGCUACUGAGUUCUGCUCCUCAAACCAUAUUGGGUCAUUUUACUGCACUGACUAUUUAUCCAAAAGCCUGUAGUGAUCGUGUUAUUCAUUCUAUCCCACUAAGAUACCCAGAAGGCCUGGAACCCGACUGCAAAAAGAAGGGGCCCCUUUUUCUAUAAUACCAUGAUGAUACAGAUGGACUUGGGCUUCUAAACUUGGGCAAUAUACUGGUUGUGUUGCCAGGAGGCCUGUGGAGCCAUCUUCCCUGGAGAUCAUUUAUCUGAAAUGAGCUCAGAUUUCUCCUUGGCCUCUUCUGCAGUCACGCCAGGGUGAAGAGUUCAUAACUUAAAGAUCCGGCUCUAGCCAUCCUCCACCACCACCUCUACUCCCCCAGAAGGGGAAAAAUAUCCUUCAGGAACAGAAAAGAAGCAUUAUUCCACAGCUAAGGUUUUCCAUUUGAAUUAUUUAAAGCAAUGGAGAAAUAGAGCAGGGUUCAGGCUGCCUCUUACGGACACUGUCUCCAUGACAAUUUAAACGUCAGAACUGUUCAGCUUCACUUCUUCCUUCCUUUGACUGAGUCACUCAGGGGACUGUCCUCCGUUAUGUGGCCUUGUCAUAGGCACUUGGUUUGGAGGGAAAAGGUCAGGCGUGCAGAUGAGCCAAGCACUUCUCUUAGUGUCCUAUGCUCUGUGCUAAGUCCACGGUCAUUGAAAUAGCCAUGGUUUCUAGUGAAUAUUGGUUUAGGACCCUCUUUAUAAGGUCUCAAGAGACCAGAUAACAAUACUCAAAAAGCCUUGGAGGCAAAAUUAAUGUUAUUGUUGGCUUGAAAUAUAGUCACAAAGAAUCAGGUUCUGCCAGUCCCCCAAAGACAGUCAUCUGAAGUUGGGAAAAACUUGCCAAGUAGCCUGCCUUCCUGCCCUUGCCUUGGGUAGCUUAUCCAUUGAGCACAUUCCCCCCCCCAUUCUGUGCCCCCCAUAUUGGGCCUAGCUCUCCUCUGCCUCUUUUCCUUGAGAAAGCUGGCUUGGCUUUCAAACCCAUGCUUCUCGCAGUGUUACACAUUAUUGUUCAAGUGAAACAGAAGUAGAGGCUGGAAUUUUCCAGGGGAGUAGAGCAGCAGGAUAAUUAGGAAGGAAUAUUCCAGGGAAUGCAAAAUUCAAGUAUGAUGUUGCUUCAUCCCUGUACCUGGGAGAGAAAAAGUUUUUAAAAGGUGGCUGUGGCUGAUCUCUGAACAUUUUCCAUAUACAUCUGGUCUACCCUGGGAGCCUAGAUGGGCUUGAGUGCCAUAGGGCUGCUGCCCACCAACCUGAUCCCAACCACAUGCACUAGGAACUUCAAGAGGGGGCUGGUAGCUCACCUUUCCUUGGGGGAUGCUGAUUUGCUGAACCCCAAAAUGCCUUUCCCAGAGUGCUCUGUCUGGGCUCAGACCUGUUGAGGCUAGGAGAGAAGACAUUAGUACUGGAUAUGUAAGCAACUCGGUCAGCCAGAAAGAUCAGAGGAGGCAGGGCCCCAGGUGCCUCUGCCACCCACCAGUCAGAUAAUUCUGAGCGAUUUUCCCUCCCAGCCUCAGUCUUCUCAUCUCUAAAACAAGAGGAAAGGUCAACCUGAUGACUCAGAAGAGCCCUCCUCUUGUGACUAUCUGAAACAAAUCAAAGUGAAUUCCCACACUUGAUAGGGUCCCUAUGUCCCCUAUGAAUUGUAUUAAGAACUUUUUUUUUUUUUUUAAAUACAAAUCCCCAGAGGCUGUUGUAAUAAAGUAUCUCUUUUGGUGUCCUUUGUCUGUAGAUGAAACAAUGCAAUGUCCAGUGCGUCUUGUAGACAGGAGGUUUUGUUUGUUCCCUGAGGACUUGCUGAUUCAAGGGAGCAUCCAAGAAGGGCUUUGUGUCCUGUCUGAGCCAGUGUCAAAAUGAAGGGCAUGGGGUCACCAUACCGCAGGUCACGUGGAUCAGAAUUCCUGACUAAGGAGGGUAAAACAAAGCCAGAUUCCGGGAAAAGAUGCAGUUUCCCCAUCUGAAAAGCCUGACUGGAAGUUACCGAAUAUAAAGAGCACAACUUUUGAUCAUUUCUUUCUUUACUCAUUUUUCUGACCCUUGGAACAGCAGCUCCUGUACGUGUGAUAGUGGCUUGUAAUUAUUCGUACCACUGCAGAAGGAAGAGAGUCACAAUCUCUGGGGAUUGUUAGGAAUUCGAUUAACUGUCUGGGGAGACAGGCACCAGGAAGACUCCUUAGAUGGCUGAUGAGUGAUGCUGAGCACAGGUGUCUGCUUUAGAAGCUAUCCACCCAUGAUGAAGGAUAAAGGGCAGAGAGAGGGUGGCUACAGGGUCCACACGAGUCUCCAGCCCUCUGCCCAUGACAACCUAAAAUCCUAUGUCUCUCUCCUAUUUUUUUCUUUUUCUUUUCCUGAAGUAAAUGGAGAUCCCAGUCAUUGUUUUUCUAGUGAGCCCCAACUGCUCUUUCCUGCAAAGUCCUAGAUUGGCCAGGGAAGGGUCCUCUGAGCUCCUGGUGGAAAUUGACACAAGUCACCAUCUGCUCUCUCCAAGGAAAAUCAAAGAACACUCUUUCUUUCUAAUCUGGGAGUCAGGCUUCGGGGGUCUUUGAAUGGCUUCUUAGUGGGGUUUGAUUUUCUUUCCCAAUUGGAAGUCUAGGAAGAAGCUAUUUGUCCAAGGACUCACCAAAGACAAUGCCCUUGGAGGAAAAUCAGCCCCAAAAUCUGGCUGGGGAAUGGAUUGGCAAGCUGUCAUCUGCUGGGGGUGGGGGUUGUUGUGAUCCUAGGGGUCCUUAGAAUUGAGAUGUGAGUUUUUUUCCAAAGCACAGUGGUAAAUGGCGGGAUGAAAUUGGAGCACAGAUAAGGAUUAUUACAAGCAGAAUGACAAGAGCUUGGCAGAUCUCCUAUCCAGAAUAGGCCACUAAGACUGCAAUCCUGCGUCACAAUCUUCCCAUUUACCUCAUUCAUAUUCCAUCUCUUUUAUUUUUCCAUUCAGUAUUCAUUGAUGAUUUCUGCUAUUAAAUAAUGAGAGAGUCAGCAGAUUAGUCAGAAGAAAAUCUUUAUAUAAAAUGUAAAUACUAAUAUAAAUUAACUUGGCAUGCAACUUACUGAUCUCAUGAAGUACAUAUUAUUAUUAUGUUAUCUUAGUGUAUAAAGGAAACCUGACUGCCAUAUUUACCAGAUGUUUUCUCUAACCAAACUUGUCUGUAAAUAUAUAAUCUGUAUAAAAAAAGAGUCUAAUUUACCAUUAUUUAUGCAAUAGAAAAAAAAUAAAAGUUUUUUUUU